AUGCUUGAAACUAUUUGUCCUAUUAGUGAGUUUAGUAAACACCAGCUGUCUGUGCUAGUCUGGUCCGUAUCAAACGAAUUCGAUACAAAUAUUUACGUGUACAGUCGGUCAAAAUCCGGCACGCAGUUAAACUCAGUGAAACAGCAAAAGCUGAGCGUCAAAAAUGAAGAACCGCUCAGUUCGUGGUUCCACGAAGCUGUUCAACUAUAUCCUCAAUAUACACGUUACGUGUGGUUGCAUACGUUUGAGAUUGAUGUCGGCAGAAAUGCGGUAGCUCUGCUCAUUCUAUCCGGUCUCCGGACUGAUGAAUUGGAGAGAAGCAUUAGACCAGUCUUGAAAAAUUGGAUAUUAAAUGAUCGUUCAGAUGAAACAGUUGAUUGGCCGAAGGAAAAUAUGAUGGCUGUGCGGCUGGUUCGUUUGCUUAUCACUCACAAGGCUGUACUACGAGCGGGAAUGACCAAAUUGAUUCCGUUAGAUGAAUCCGAACGGGACGCGAAACGUGAUCGGUUUUGUGCAAUGCGACAACGGCGUUACGAGCCUUAUCAAACACAUUCGAGAGCACUUUCACGAGCAAAUACGCAAAGUUUUAUCAUAGACCAUGUGCAAACAACGGAUUCUGGAAUGUACCAGUGCGAACAGGCUAUCCACUCUGGUGAAUAUGAGCCAUUUGUCACCGAUUACUUCAUUAUUGUGUUACCAAACCCGUCCGAUUUUAAACUUUAUGUCAGUCAGAAACCAAUAGAAAUGCAAGAUGAAUUACGUGAUUACUACAGGUAUAUUCGAGACAAUGACAUCAUAUAUAUGCACGUAAAUGAGCCCAUAGUUGUGAACUGCGUGUACAAUUUCUCUCGUGGAUUAGACAACUACAACGGUUUACAAUUUUAUGACCUUAUAGAACCGAAGAAAGGUCAAGAGCCACGUCCAUUGGUUUCUAGACAUUUGAGAUCGACUGGGAAAACCAUUACCAUCAUUCAAUCUUAUUUUAUAGCCAAUGAACCAAAACACGAUAGCAACGAGGUGCACACUUUUGUUUGUGGUCAUAUGUACGAACAGAAUUUCAAACGGGUGCGUGAUAGUGAAGAAUUGACAGAACUCGAGCGGUGGACAAAAGUUCAGCGUACCGCUCUAUUCCGUAUUCACCUGCCACCGAAACUGUUCACGAAAUCAAUCAAAAUUGAUUCGGUCGAAUUAGAACAAGCUUUGCACAAUGCAGCCGUGGAUGAGACUAGUCUGACUGAAUCGGGCAACAAAUUGAAUGUGAAUACAAAGCUCAUGGCUCGUAUGGCUCGUGGUGAAUUUGUUGCGGCAUACGAGACUGAGGAUUGUCUGUAUUCGGUCUGGUUGUUAACUGCUGGCACAAAUGCCCAGUCCUAUUCCCAUAGGCCCUGUGAAACACGGUCGGUUAAGUUGAGUGAUAACGAAAAGAACUUACUGAAUCAGGAAACCCGACUGAAGGAAGAUCCGUUGUUUGAAUUCCAUAGGAUUCACUUUAAUUGUGGUUUGACAUUGCAAAGCCGAGCAAUUGUCUUACAAAUUUUCUGUCGAAAACUAAUCACUGUUGAUUUGAAAGAAGCAAAUUCCAAAUUUACUUCACAGUUAAAAGAUCAGAUAUCGUCGAUAAUAGGUAAUGGGCAACCGACCGAACAGUUUCAGUCCAGUUCGAACAUGUUCGUCGCCCUGUUCCGUGUCAGUCGAUUAGAUGUGUAUUGGCUAGGAACAGUAGAGGCUGGGAAACCGAUAUACAUUCCCUGUUCGUGUUCGAAUCUGUCCAGUAAAGAUAUCAGGUGGAAAUUUCGCGCAGAGGAUUCUGAGUCUUUGAAUGUUGUUUCGAAUGAGUUUCAAACUAUUCGAAAUGGAGACUUGAUUCAAUUAUUUAAACCAAAAGCCUCAGUCACAGAUAUUGGGAUGUACGUGUGCAUUUGUGAAAACGAAACGGACACGGAGGCGUUGAAACAGGGACGGAAAUUGUUGGUUGCCCAUGAGUUAAUGAAAACAACCUAUAUCAUAACACACGAUCGGUCUGCACACUAUCCUUCAAAAACAGUGAUGCGUAUGGGCGAAUCGUGUCGAAUCACAUGCAGAUUGUCUUUACCCAGAAGGUUUGACAACAAAACAGAGAUUAAGCUGAUUUAUGAAACGGACAUACAAACAGUUAAAACCGACUCAGAAUAUAUUAGCGUUGAGAAGCCUCAGCAAGAUAUCAACGAUACUUGGGCCGUUUACGAUCAAACUUAUCGUAUCGCACCAAACAUUGUGAAUGAUGGAGAAACAGCACGAGCGCGUUGUGUUUCCCUGGUGCAUUUGGCAAAGGAUUCACGUGAUAUCACACCGACUCCGAAUGAGUUUGUGGUGAGCAUUUCUAUUGAUCAAGGUCCGAAACCACGAAUUUUCGACAGCUAUCUGACAAGCACAUCUUCAUGUGCCCUGGACAAUUAUCCCGGGGACAAAUGGCCGUUGAGCGCAAUCGAGUUCCACAAAACCGGUUCCAAAGAGCGCAAGAUGGAACACAUAGCGGAAUUUCAUGUCACAUAUCUUGUGGGCAGAGGUGGACACUUUGAACGAAUUUGGCUUCUACCGCUUGAUGAUCAAAUCCAAAACUGUUCCAGGUUACAACCGAAUUAUCUGGCCAUGGCAAUUGUGGUCAUGAACAUCGGUGAAACAGCUGACUGGUCUGAUAUGAUUGAAACAAAAUUGUGGAAGUAUCUUCAAUCUCAAAUUGCCCAAUUCGAUACUGACCCGAAUGAUGAGAAGAAAACGGAAUUUAUUUAUGAUCCAGGAACAUGGGGUUCGAUUCGUGUGCAAAAGCUCAAAGUGGGUUGGGCUGCAGCAGUUCAAGCCGGCCAACAAUGGAGCAUGCUCGUACGUCACCAACUAGAAUAUAACGACAGACUAUACUUGUAUUAUAGACAAACUUUGGAUGGGAGAUAUCAUCUAUCAUCAAUCUAUAGUAAUGUUGGCAAAUAUGAUACCAUAUUAAAAUACCCAAAACCUGUAACAUUAUCCGAUACAGGAUUCUAUGAUUGGUGGUAUAUAGACCAUUCAUGGAAGUUGCUGACAUUGGCACGUUUUUUGAAAGUUAUUCCGAAUGGUGCUGUGAUCAGUUUUCACGCUGAAGAAUCGCUUCUAGAUCCCGGUCUUCCACUGGGACCUAACCUAUCCGGUAUGGAUCCGAUUGGGGUGAUUAAUGAGGACAGAAUUUAUUACUUUUACUGUAUAGUCGAUGAGGAGGAUGACAAGCCCAGUGCAGAAACUGUCACCCUGGAACUGAUCGAUCAGGGGCAAAAAACCAUUGCGGUGAGACCGCUUGAUCCCAGUAGACGUAAACCCGGGACACAAUUUAUAUUCGAAGCUACCAUUCCCAAGUACGGUUAUCUUAUCAUACCAUUGGAAGCGCGAAUAGUGCUGACUUAUCCGAGGUCUGUGCUUCCUGCUGAAACGGCAGUUGAGAGUGAGUCUGUGAGAGUGGUGAAGCACACAGUUCUUAUGUCCCUCGCAGCCAGAGCACACCAACCGGUUUUCUUUCCAAAUUUGAUGGAAUGUGACAAAAACUACGUGUUGGAUAAUAUGCGAGGGCAUGAGUACGAAACAUUCAAUAUGGAUCAGUUUGAUCAGUCAGGCUAUAGAGGAAAAUUGGAAGAAGGUUGGAUAAAAUGCAAAAUAUUUUAUGACACAUUGGGUUACCCUUCAGCGGAAUAUGCUUAUUUGUUCAGUAAAUCUGGUAAUCGUUAUUUUCGCUGUGAAAUGAAAUCAUGGAAUUAUAUAACGGCCAGGAAGGGUCUACUGAAGUACCAUGAAAGUAGAAUGGGUGGGUACAUAUUCUACCGCCCUUUCGAAUGUAAAGCUGAUCAUGAGAUGGGUGCUUUGGUUGUAGUCGCAUUGCAUUGUGAUAAGACUCUAUGUUCGGAUGUAGAAAGUGAUUCGCGUCUGGUCGAAUUUUAUAGAGAUGCUGUGAAACAAUAUUACGCUGGAGUGAGAAAUAAAACCUUGCGAUUCCCACCUUAUAAAUAUACACGAUUCGCUACAUUUGUGCAACGGAUAAAUCCGCACUAUCGUUCCCAUACCAUGGAAGAUGAAAUUUGGCGCUUUGUUGUUGAUCACGGAGGAAGACCCGGAAGGCAUCUUAAGUGCGAAUUAUAUAACGAAGAUGGCGAACGGAUAAUAACUUACUGGCCAAAGUAUGAUGCGGCUGGAGAUUAUUACCACUUCCGAUCAGAGUUUCACGACACUGCCAGAUAUGUAUGCACAACUGGAAAAACCGAACCACAGACUCGUUUUCUCACAGUACUUCCUAACAUCAACCAAAGUAGCAUUAUCAUUUCACGUUUUCUCUUUGCGAGCAAUCAGGCGCCGAAAAAUGAUUACUACCAUAAAGAGGACAAUGUUCACUGGCCCCAUUCGUUCAAAGAACCAAUUUUCAUAUACGGAUUAAUUCCGGAAAAAGCGUACUAUCGUUCUGGUCACCCGGAUGGCACAAUUCAAAUACACGAUAUUGAUUCCAACGGGAAUCCAUUUCGGGAAAUUCCGGUUGAAAGAUUGACGCCAGUAGUAGGCGUAGGUACUUACCGUUUCAUUGUCAAAGUGGAUCCAUCUGCGUUUGCAGCAUAUGUCGGAGUGUGGAAAAUAACUUUUCAAUUACAAUAUGAUCGGACACGGGUGGCUGAAAAUGACAUUAAGGGACCAUAUGGUCCAUUGAUAGCCACCACACAAAUGUACACCACAGUGGAGGGAUCUAACGCACAGUUUUUUGAUCAUCACAUGUCGUGUAACAUGGGGGGUGUUUCAGAAGAUCUUCCAAAACAGGGUGCCGGAGUGUUCGAUAUGAAACUGAUCCGCUCAUCCUAUCCAUCUACUAGAUACGAAGAAGAUGAAUUGAUUUGUACUGUUUACUAUGAUCGUGGAUUAGGGGAGCAUUAUUUGAGUGUUUGGUUGAUAGAUCAUGAUCAUUCUCACGAAAAAGAUUGUACUCUUGUAAAUGUGUACGACCCAGAAAUUGAGACUAUUAAGGAUUUACAUGAACUAACUAAGAAGCGGCUUGUGACGAAAAUUCGUUCGUUUAAGGUUUAUUGCCCCCUCCAGGCAACAUUUGACUUGUUAUCCAUGGCGAUAAUAACUCAAGUGAAAGGCCAUAAUAUAAAAGAAACACGAGAUAAGUUAAAGCAGUUUGUGAGAGAAAACCUAAAAAAACUAAUGCAAAACCCUCAAUUGGAAGAACGAAAUCAAUUCCAACCCCCUGACGGUACCAGAGUAGAGACCCGGUUUCGUCGAAUCAAUGUUGGUUAUACAGUGUUUGCAAAGAAGUAUACUGAAUUUAAGGUGUUGCUUAAAGAUCGCUUCGAAUCUUGCAAUCGGUUUGAUGUUUACUUUGCCGAUGAUGAACAGUCGGCCGAAGAACACUGGAAAGCCUUUGAUACUGAAAAGUCUGAAAAGCAUUUCACAUUCGGAAAAGGUCGCUUAAGAUGGUAUUGGACUGGAAUAUACAGAAUGGUGUGUGAUAGCAAACUGCUAGUUCGCCGGCGUUAUUAUGAAGUGUUGCCGUAUGAGGAAAUUUACAGAGGUCAUAAAAUUCGCAUUCCGGGAGAUGACAAGGACUAUAGAGAAUUACGACCGGGUAAUAAGAAUACAUUGUACUUCAUGUUUUCUCGCAGCACACAACGUCGUAUUCCAGAAUCGCUGAAAGUAGACGUUUACGACAGAGCGCUUGAUGAAGUAACACGUCAACCAGUACCUCUUAAAUUCCUCGCCAAGACGGUAGAAGGGUACAUUCAUUUUACUUACGAAGUUGACGUUCCAAAUCCGAAUACGUAUCGACGGCCUUUGCAGGCAUUUAUUACUGUGGAUUUUGGGAUUCUAAAACACGAAAGGUACGACUUGAACUUAAACGGAAUUCCCUGGAAGUUUACCACGGAAGAGAAAAUCAAUAUUUAUGACAACAACAAGCAUCCAUUCGUUUAUGAUUGGUGGGUUACGUGUCAAGAAUCGCGACUACUAAAGCUUUUCCAUUUUCACGGUGAAGGUAAGUUCAAUCCGGCAAUUUUUCACGAAUCCGGUUGUCCGGAUCGUUUAACCGAAGGAGUAUAUUCUUGCACAUUUCGCUAUGCUUCCGGAUAUGGCGAAAGAUUUGAGACCAUGGUGGCCAUCGGAAAUAAGGACGAACCGGUUCAUACUUGCUACCGUGAGUCACCACGUCUCCAACCGAAUGAUGUGUCUGAAACCGAAUACAUUUUGUCAUUUAUGCCGGAAAGAAAAAACGAUAUUUACCAUAGAAAAUUUGAUUGUCGCGUGAUGUCGACUACCUAUGCUUUGGUGUUUAUGUCAAUUAACACGCAAAAAAGUGACGUGAAAGACGAAUCAAAACUGAAAACACUGGUUGGUGAAUUCUAUUUCAAUCAAAUUCAAACGUAUUUGUCCGGAGCUCGUACCAAUGAAUACAGAGAGAUACAACUGCCCAAAGGAUUGACUAUUGCCACUCGACUAAUUCGAAUCCGUGCCGGAUGGCGUGCGUCGGUAAAAAGAGGUGAGCGUUGGUCUAUGUACUUCCGUGCAUCGUACGAUCCCCAAGAUUUGACGUGUUUGUAUUGGGAUAAAACGACCAAUAGGAAGAGAGAAAUAAUUUCGCGUUACUUUCCAAAAACACACUAUGUGCAUUGGAUGGAAAGACCGGCCCAAUACAACGAUACGGGAUACUACGAAUGGACUAGCGAGGUAGACAAUAAGAAGGUUAGGGUAGGCAGUGUAAAAUAUUUUUUAGUCAUUCCAGAUAUUGUACUGCUUAGAAUAUUUGUCAGUCACAAACAUUACGGAGAGAAAAAUGAUUUACAAAAUGAUCCCCCAUUAGAUGGGGAUUAUAAACUUCCCGAAGAGGGAAAAGUAUACGUCUAUUGUGCAUUUACAAUUGUCCGUCAAUUGCCUAACUAUGAUAGCUUCAAACUGGUGAUUCGUGAUCAUGGUGAUGCUGAUAGUCCAUCAAAUACAAUUGAGUUGGAAAAAGUGACGGAAGAUAAGACGUGGUAUGAGAGACGAUUUGUUUUUGAAUUCAAAAGUGAAGUGUAUCGAACCUACAGAUCACCGUACACAGCAUCGUGUGAGGUGAUCUAUAGUGAUUCAAUAUUUCCAGAAGACGAUUUGCGUCAAAAUAAACAUAUCGAUCCACUGGUACAAAAAGUCACAUUGCGAAUUGAAGAUCGAUUACAAUAUGCACCAAUAAUUUUCGAUAAAUAUAUCAGCACCGAUCCCCCCGAAGUGUUGGACAACUAUAUUCCUGAUCAGAACGGAAUCAAUGCCCGCCAGUUUUACGAUACUGGCACGGUAAACCGGAUGACCGAACAAAUCAUGCAAUUCAACGUGCAUCACUUCUCGGGACGUGAUGUCGGAUUUGAACGUCUCUGGUUGAUCACUGAAAACGGCAAAGUAGACACGUGUUAUCAGAAAGAGCGAUAUGCACUAAAGGAACAGGAGGUUCCAAGUGAUGUGGCCACCCGUGUCAAGUUGCUUCGGGUUCAACGAGUAUUUCGGUCACAGUUUGUUUGCAAAUUGCAACCGGACCAGUUAGCAUUAGUCCUCGUCGUGGCCAAUGUACAAACCAAGUCUGAUCGCGAAAAAGACGUUGAAGGAAGUCUGCGGACAUUUUACACCGAAUUAAUAUCAUCAUUUGCUGCGGAUCCCACAGACACGGAAACCAAAUCUUACUCUGAUGCACCUGAUUCAUGGAGCACUGGACGCAUACAGCGAGUACACGUUGGUUGGAAAGCGUCUGUAUUCGCUGGAGAACAAUGGAGCUUUUUAGUACGGCAUGCAUUUGAAGAAAAUGAGAAUCUUGAAUGUUGGUACGCAACAUCCCUCUCACAACGGACCAUUUAUCGUCUUACGAAAACAUUGGAAAAAUCGGUCACCACUAUUACGAUGCCAUCGGGAGCUGAGAUCAGUGACACGGGAUAUUAUGAAUGGUGGUACAGAAAAUAUGGUGUUUGGUUUAUCUUGGUUCGGACUCGACGCUUUUAUGUCAUCCCUGAUGGGGACAUGGUUCGAAUAGUGGUUGAAUACAACCCCUUGGUUCAAAAUCAUUUUGAGAACACUAGGGCAUCUAAAUCUACCACGUCAAUGAUGUCAUACAACGAACCACUUUAUAUUCAUUUUAAAGUGAAAAAAUUUAGCCAUGUCCCUCAACCUGGGAAUUUUUUCUUUCGCGUUCAUGAGGCUCCGUUGACGGGAAGUGACACAAAAGAUUUGCAAUUCUGGCAGCUGCCUACCACCGAGACUGAAUUGGAGACACAAUACUCUAUCCGAUUGAUCGGUCCUGAAUACGAGACAUAUAAAAGCCCCAUAACUAGUGCGAUCACUUUGCAAUAUGAUCAAGUGGAGUUCCCUGCUGAGGAUUUACGCGAGGAUCAAGUAAUUCAACCAGUCUUGGCUGAGCUUCAGAUCGGAGUAGAGAAAAUGAUUCGUCCAAUUAUCUACGCCAAUGCUUCCACCGUGAACAACGCAGAUCUGCUUCAAAUUCUGCGCACUUCUCACCCGGAUUUCAAUACUUCAUAUGCGUACACCCGAUCCGCAUCACCAAGUCGUAUGCACGAAGUUCCGGUCACUUGGAUCAUCUACGCAUGCUUGGGUUAUCCCCGAGGUCGGUUCAUUCCCCAACUCAUUUAUAGCUUGAGUGAUCAAUUGUACUUUAAUGAAUGUGAUAUACUGGAAUUGGUGAACUUGACCAGCACGGAUAUCCCGGAUCAAGUGAAAGCGCAUCCCAGUUUUACGACUCGAAGUGAGACAGCCAUGGUCCGAAUAAAAGUAGAAUGUGUGCUUCAAGCUGAAUACCUCGCACUCAAUCUACUCAUUGUGACGGUGAAAGAGGGUGGGCCGAGUCUUGAACAAGCCGUGAGAGAAUUCAACAUGUUGUUCACACCGAUUCUGCUCUACUGGAACCGUUAUCCGGACGACAAAACUGAGAUUGCUGUUAACUUUCCUUCGUAUGGAUUUGUCACGUAUCACACAUUCAAACUGAAUCUCGGUUGGAAUGCAACCAGUUCGAUAGGAUCCCCAAUCCGAAUACUGGGCUAUCGAGGUCUAAGCGAGAAAUCACAAAUCGAAUGUUUCUAUCAACCAAACGAGGACAGUGAACCAGAACCGAUAGAUUCGGAAUUCACUAUUGAAUGGCACAAAGAAUAUCAUGCAUUUGAUUUGUACCAUCCAUCUCUCCGAUAUGAUCACAAUGGUUUCUACUCUUGUAACAUUACAGACGACGCAUGUCCUUCGUGUGCUUCCAGAGUGGGAAUACCCAGACGUGCACUUCGUGUUCUACCGGAUGUGUCGAUUAGCCAAAUGUAUCUCAAUUUUGACAUUCUCAAUUACAAUGAAUCCUGGGCCGGAAACUAUAGUUUUUGUCAUCCAGAUGGAUAUCCGGUUCUGUUGAGCGACUCACGUUCUGUGAUACACUGUCAGUACUAUGCCACGGUGACAAAUAUCCCUCAACCGGUGGUCUCAUUCCGUGUGAUUUUGUCCAACAGUACCUCAUCACAGAAUGUAAUAACUGGUCAGAUACAUCCUAGUAUGAGCAAAGAAGAGUACAACAUAACACCCUUUUCGUUUUUCACACCAAAACUGGUUGAUUACGUUGGCCCGUUAGAAGUGCAGUGCAUUUAUACAUUCAACAUUUCUCGGCCUCUACCGCACGAUAUGAGUGAACACGUGCCGAUUGUGACUGUCACCAAAUCACGCUUUAUGGACAUAGAGCCCGUAAUUUUUGCUAACGUGUACACAAAAUACACGAGAGCAAAUGAUUUGACCAUACACAGACUAUAUCGUCGUUUGAAAGGACAAGUUUUAACAGCUAAACAGUUCCAUGAAAGUGGCUCUAGAAAGCGACAUUACGAGAAUUCUACUGCAAUAAGCCACUUGGUCUCAUUCGGCUAUCCGUGUGGCUUUAUGGAUAUUCUGACAGUAUAUAGAUCUCAAAACCAGUUUAUCUACGAAAAAUGUGUAGAUAUUAAUCAAUCGGAUUACAAAAUUGCUCAAUUACCGGCUGAUGUUCAACCGCAUCCAGACAUAGAAGAUUAUUUGGAAGGAAGCUUUGCACAGUUGAAUGCUACUUGUUUGUUUCGGCCCGAACAUGUUGCCAUGACCAUUGUUGUGUGUAAUGGGCAUGAAUUCUUUUUCGAACAGGAAACUGUACGUAAACAAUUCCAAACACGUUACCUCGAAGUGAUUCGUUCAUGGGUGCAGAAUCCAACAGAUUCGUCCCCGUUAUGGACCAAUUUAUCUUACGGUGUGUUUUGCACACACCAGACCAUACGUUUGCAUGUCGGCUGGAAUGCUUCCGUGCCUCUUGGCAAUCCUACCACUAUGCUGGGAUAUUAUUCAAAACCAAUGGUUGGAAAGAUUGAAUGUUACUUUCGUGCUAAAUUGUCAGACCCCUAUCAGGUGAUAGAUGAGGUAUUUGAGUAUGAGAUUAAAGAAAAUCCCACAUUUUAUCUAACAGCGGAAAGUGUCAUGUUCAAAGAUUCAGGGUUUUACGCAUGUAAUCUAACUGAAAGAUGCCAGAACUGUCCACCACAGAUCGUUUUCACUCCACGACAACUAGUAGUUUUGCCCGAUAUCAAGCAACUUCGAAUAUAUCUUAAUAUGCGUCGAUUUGAAAGUAACACCGAGGCAAGGCCUCACUUCACGCAAUGUGAACGCGACAAUGUACCCUAUUUAUUGUGCAAACAGACUGUCUAUCUGUACUGCAACUAUUUCUAUUCGCUUAUGCAAGUGGAGAGAUCAGAACCGGAAAUGCACGGUGUUAUGAGUGAUGAAUUGAAUCAUACUUAUAAUUUGGAGACACCUUUUCUAGGCCAAUGGAAGGUUGAAAAGCGAUAUGGAAUAAAUGCCACAAGAGUAUAUCAAAUUCAAGCCCCAUCAGAGCGCAACGUCAAGGGUCCAAUCACAGUUACCUGCAAAUUACAAUACGACAACAUGCACACCCCUGCUGAAGACAUGAAUCCAAUAAAUGGAACUUAUGUCGUCUCUGUGGCGCGUCUAAUCCGAGUCAGUGUACGACUAAGACCGAAGAUCUUUCGACAAUUUACGACCAUGAGCAGACCGAUAUUGGAAGAUAAAUUCAUCAAGCAGACUACCAACUCCAUCACUAGUGCAGUGAACUUCGAGAACACUGCAAUUACGCACAAACUGAUCGAGGGCAUUGUGAAAACCGAUCUGGUUAUUAGUCUGGGAACACCUCGGGGAUUUGCAAGUUUGAUGAUGUUUUACAUUCAAAGAAAUAUUACUCGUUGGACAACCUGUGAACCAAUGGUUGUGCACAAUUUCAAGUCAGAUGACAUUCUUCCUGAACUGGCAGGAACCGACGAAUGGCUGGACGCUAAUGGAAAAAAUUUCAUUCGACUUCGUACAAUUUGUCCAUUCAUGCCUAUCCACAUGGCCUUCGCUGUGGUUGUGGUCAAUUCGUUUGAUCGUUUCGAAGAUCCAAUAUCGGUGCAGCACGGUUGGCUCAGUCAGUUUGCUAGCUAUUUGAAAAUGUGGAUUUCAUAUCCGGAUGACGCGAGUGAGGUCGAUCUGGAUUUGUUUCCCUACGGGUAUUUGGAAUUUCAAAUAGUGAAAAUUCGAGUCGGUUGGCGUGCCACAAUCAAAGUUGGGGAACCAUUGACACUGUUCGCAACUUUGGGUACGGAAGGAUUUGGUGAACCGCACUGUUUCUACAAAACGUCCGAGGGUCGAACCGACAGAACCAGAACCAUUCGGACAAUCGGAACAUCAGGUGAUCCAUUCUUUAUUCGUUCUGAUUUGGCCACAUGGACCUAUGAGUUAAUCAAGCCGCACGCGGAACCGACUGAUUCUGGUUAUUAUUGGUGUCAAACAGACAACUGUCCGGUAUGCACGUUGCACAACUACGGUCUCCCACGCCGUUUGAUUGUCUUAUCGGAUAGAGUAGAAAUUCUCACCGUGGCAACGGAAGACAUGCUGAAAAUCCAGAAAGUGGGCAAUCAAAGUGAUACAAGUUUUGCGAAAAUUGUUAUCACACCGAUUGGAUGGCUUCAUGAGAACAGUGAGUAUUUUGUGCACUGCGAAUUACGCAUCACGACCGGAGUGACUAUGAGACCAUCGAUUUAUUUCAAAGUCGGUCGGGGAAGUGGUGAAGGUUCCACACUGGUCCCAAUACCGUUUGAAAAGAUUAGUGAAAUUGAAUUGAAACAAGCUAAUUACACUUCCGUAUUGGUUUCAUACAAAGUGGUGUCACCGAAAUUCGAGACAGAGUAUGAUUUUGUUCAAAUGACUUGCGGAGUACGCUUUGAUGAUUUGAUCCCACCGGAAGAUAUCAAUGCAAAUCUUGGUGUGUCCAAUUUGGAAACGGUGAUUCGGAAGAAACUCAGACAAAUACGUGUUCCAAAAAUUGAAUGGAAAACAGCCGAGCUGGAUCGAGAACAACUACAGCAGUUCAUUCGCCUAGAACAAUUCAGAGAUAUUAAUUUGUUUACUUUCAAUCAAAUGGUGUCUAAAAAUAGAACACCGGAAGGGAUUCUCAAUGUUCAAUUUGAAGUGGACUACGGUGUUCCUCGUGGAUGGUUAUCUGUUUGGCUGAUUUAUCCACAAUCAAGGCGCUUGGUUCGCGAUGAUUGUCACCCAGCUGAAAGUGAUCAGACUAUGACUAACAAGAGCCAAAUCCAAUUGGACAAUACGGACGCAGCCAGAUAUGCGUCAGAAUUGACUGGUGAAAACGAGGAAGAAGAUGACGGUAGCCGGGAUACCGAAGAGAGUGCUGAGACAUGGACGACAGUGAGACUGCAAUGUCUUCUUCAACCGGAACACGUUGCAAUUUUAUUCGGCAUUNUGCAUACGACAAAGUCAAAAUACAAAUCACAAGUAGAAGACAAUUUCACGACAACUGUACUGAAUGUGGUCAGCGGUUGGCUACAGUCGAAUCAAACGAGUUCGAAUGAGACUAUUUCGUUUGCGGAUCAUGUUAACGGGGUGUUUCGUCUGCUCAAACUACGAGUUGGAUGGCCUGCGUCCGUUAACUUGGGUCAUCGAAUAGUCAUGUUUGGUCGAUUAGGUAAACACCAUGUUGCAAUCCCAUAUUGUUUUUAUGGAACUAAAAGUCCUACCCGUCCUUUGGACAGCAAGGCUGGUUUUCAACUUACUAUAUCACCAAACGGAUACUACUUCACUUUGAUCAAACCAGAGGCGGAAUUCGGCGAUUCUGGAAUCUACAUGUGCAAAUUGGAACAUUGUACGGAUUGUCAAAUGAAUUUCGGUAUGCGAAGACGUCGGCUCCUGGUACUGCCUGAUCCUAGCAUAAUUCGUCUGCAGCUUAUCGCCAAACCGGAAGUGGAACGGUUUUACAAAGACUGUGGCCAACCACAAAACCCAAAUGUGAAGCCAGGAGACACAGUCCGUAUGAGCUGUUCCUAUCCGAUUGCUAAGGGUUCCCGAAGGAUUGUUCGCAGUCAAGUUUACUAUGCAGAUUCGAAUCAAGUUGGUUUUGGUCGACCAGUGAUAAAGCCGGAUAUGAGACGAACAGAACAGGAUCGCGUAACCAUGGUAACCAAAUCAUUCAACGUGAACACUCCGAUCGGUAAGCAAACAGGUGUGCGUAUCACGUGUACAAUUGAUUUUUCUCAGAUCACUGUGUCCAAAGAUUUGACUGAUGAAAUCCCAUCGAUUGUUCUGAGUCAAGAGAAGACGUUGGUUUUGUUUCGUCCUCAACCGCCUCUGAUUCAGACUCAAUCAAUAUGGACAAAUCGUAAAUCUCUCACUGAGCAGCUCCAAGCCGCUGGAUCAUAUACAGACGGUGGGACAUUCAUGCAUAGUACCCCCGAUACACGCAUGGAAGAGGGUGGUCUGAGACUGGAGUUUAAAGCUAAUGUUGGGGAGCCACGCGGUUGGGUUUUGGUUUGGCUCAUAUACAGUCUGGAUGAAAAGUUGCACAAGGAUCCUUGUUAUCGAGUGGACAUUAGUGCAAUAAAUGACAAAUUAGUAUACGUCAAGGCUGCAUGUCUGAUACAACCGGAACACGUGGCUCUGUUUUUUGCACUGGUCACAAAUACAGGAAACGGUCUGUCCGAGGAGCGAAUCAAUAAACGAAUAGAAGAUCUCAUCAUUUUCAACAUCUCUAGUUGGAUUAAUGACUCGAGAGUGCAAUCCGAACGAACUAAAGUCGAUCAAUGUUACAUCCUCGACUAUCGGUUGGUACGAUUGCAUAUUGGCUGGCGAGCAUCAGUUCUGUUACAAAGUCCUUUUCGUAUGCGAGGACGACUGGGCGGACGAAAUAGUUCUGAGAUUGUAUGUUCUUAUCGUCCGGAAAAGCAAUCGAAUUCAACUGCAUUAUCGGAACGAUUUGUCUACGAAAUAGAUCCUAUGUUUGAUCAGUUUAUCCUCACUGUGAACCAGGCUAUUUUAGAAGACACUGGCUGGUACGAGUGUCGACUACGUCAAGCUGAAAGCAAAGUUAUCAACAUUGGUAUGCCGUUACGUCAGCUGUUUGUUUUACCUGAUAACGAGUCGAUUCAAUGCGCCAUGACGGCUGUUCGCACCGAUGGUCACGUGGCAUUAGAUUCGCAGCGAACGAGCAACGGCACGCAAUAUUUGCUGGCAAAGCAAACAGCUUACAUACAAUGCAUCUACAAUCGUACGCUGGAACACUACGGAAAAACUGAGUUUGAAUUUCAUUAUCGUAUGCUUAACAGCUCCUCUAAUCAGUGGAUAGAGAAUUUCCCUGAAAAGAAGGUGGAUUUUGUCCCGUCCGGGGAAAAGAACAACUCGCAAACGCCUGUGAGCAAAACUUAUCGAAUUGUCGCUAUCGGAUCACAACAAUAUAUAGGGAUGAUGGAUGUGGCUUGUGUGCUUGCGUUUCAUGGGCUUAUUUCACCACUGGAUAUUCAACCACCACACGAUCCAUUCGAAAUCGGAUGUAAUCAAUCGUUCACCAUUCUUCAAGGUGCAAGUGGAAUGCUACAAUUUAAAGCAAUCGCCAAGGAUGUCCAUUCCAAACCUAUUCCUCGUGGGUCAAAAAUCGAAUGCACGGGAGGAUUUGGUUCACCUCCACUCACCUACAGCUGGACUCGUAUUCGAGCAAAACCGUACGCAGGUGAGGAGAUAUAUGUCGAAGAUAAAAUGUCUGAAUAUGAUAGACAGCUUAGAAUGGACAUAGCCAGUGUUCUACCUGCAGACGGUCCUGAAGGUGGAUGGGGUGGACCGGCAAAUCCGUUUCUCGAUUCACCUACUCAGGAGCCUUAUUCUGAUCGCCAAUUCCUGUUUAUUCCAUCCAACUUAUCCUAUCGGGGUAUGAACUAUCUUUAUGAAUGUCGCGGUCAGAAUGUGGUGGAAAACGCCACUUUUAGCAUCACACGACUCCUGCACAUCUCAGUUCUUAUUUGUCCCACACGACAUGUACAGUUAGAUUUAUCAAUUAUGGUUCUGUCAAAUAUUCUGUCCGCUUGUUCACUGCAACAGAAUCCGGAUGCACAAAUUCAAUUCUACGGCUACUAUUUUCUUAGUUUCGUUCGACAAUUAGUGCUCGGCUUGCCCUAUGAACUCGACAGAACACGAAUUAGCCUGGUCGUUGAAAAACCACUACAAAUGGGAAGGGAACAAACGAACAUCAUCACAUUUGAUCAAAUCUACGAUCGUUUUGAUUUGGUGCGCAAUUUGUACUCAAGAGAUAACAAACCUAUUACUGACCAAACCGCCUGCACGGACCAGCCGACACGUUUGAACAAACUGUUACGUCUGGUUCAGAAAAUUCAUCGUCAACCAUUCACUCGAACUCAGGGCACACUGUUAUCGUUGGAUGGAAUGGCACAAACAAAGUUGUCAUCCUAUGGCCAAGAUGCAGCACGAGAUUUGCAUGAGAACAAUGUGAACAUUUUAUUAACCCUGUUGUACCCGUUUACAAAUUUGUCCGUGUCUAAUUUCACAGUGUUGAUGGAUCAGUUGAAGCCAUGCAACGUAACUUCUCUCAUACCAGGUUUUGAAGGUGCACGUGAUUGUGAGACAUGCAAUUUGGGAUUGAAUGCACCCAGUUUACAAAUUCAACGUCUUCCGUUGUUCGAUGCUAUUUGUCAACUUGGUGGCAGUGAGCCACCUGGCAAAGUCCCAGAACCUGUAUUCAUCUUUUCCGAGCCUGAGGUAUACUGGGUGAUUGGUUAUUCACCCAGCAUUGGUUGUAGAACUAAACUGACACGUGCACUUGAACAUUGGGAAAAAUUUGUGUCUUUCGCACUUUGCAUUACUUCAGAGAGUAAGGGAGAAAAAAUGCGACGGGAACGGAAUGACGUCACACUCCAAACACUGAUUGAUUCUUGCGAUAGUAAAAUCGGAGAAAACACGCAGUCAACUCAAGGAACUCCACAAUCAGAAUCAUUUGGGGCCUCGGGAAUCUAUCCCAGUAACAUCUCCAUGAAGAAUUCCGUAUUGCUGUGUUUUUACCGCGUUGGCGAAACUGAUCCCGAAGUUUACGAUGCUGUUAAUUUUCAAUUGCACAAAGUCAUACUAACUGUACCCGAAGUGACUUCGGUACAGUUGCGAGUCAACCUCUGGCCUCAGAGCAAUACCAGGGCUGCACAGCUGCGAUGCACCAUUCGGGGCUAUGCACCAAAUCUGGAAGUCCUACUUAUUUACCAAUCCCGGGCACAAACAGUCAAGUCAGCCGGAAUGUAUCACAUUGUGGCACGAAGAAAACCAAUCUGGGCACCGGUGAACGCAUGGGCUGGAGUCAAUCUAACGUGGAUUGAAAUGAUGCCAUUGAUCAAAGGGACUGCCCUAUACUGUCUGGUGCGACCGAAACAGGACAGUGAGAAACAUCAAACCAGCUUCACCAAUUUACCUGCUCAGAGUAAUGUAGUUAAGUACAGUCGUCCGCUUUCCGGUUUGACACUACAGUCUGACUGUCCGAGCCCACCAACCAUCACAGCCAGUCCCGAUCCGGCUAGCUUAUCUGUGGGCGAUCGAAUCAGCAUUGAGUGCACGCUACCAGCUACGACUCGAGAAGUGCCAUUGAAAAUGUUUUACCUGACCCAAAACACCGCAUUCUUCGUUUGCAACACGCAAACAAUGCGCUUCAAUAAUCAAUCUGUGAAACAGAUUGUGGACGAAGAGCAUGACUGCCAGUUCACUACGUCUUCAGACCAGGACUGUACGGAAACUGUCAAUGUGAAGAGAGCAGAUCGCACGUAUCUGGCAACUCAAUGUAUUGUAUCACGAAGGCCGGGCUCGCAUCAUUUAUACCGAACUAUUCAGUUAGUGCUAACCAAAAUUCAGUUGGAAGAUUUUAACGGGAUUGUCUUCUGUCAAGCGAUGGAGAUGAAUCUGCUAGAGCUACAGUCGGAUACUGCUAGACCAGAACUCUAUUCCCACGUAAUUUCAUUGCGUUUUCGAAUCGCACUGCAAAUUGCUAGUUUCUCUUAUAACAGACAAAAGAAAUUUUGGGAAUGCUUUGUUUAUGCCUAUCCACAAACUCCCAAAGCGGCCAUCCGAGUACUUGACAUUGAUUCCUCUUUGCUCCGUAAACAUCUUUCAAGAUAUCAUUCUGUUGUCUUGAAGACAGAUUCAAAAACCCUACACGAAAAUUUGCUACCAUUUUCCGAACUGAGAAAUGUUAAAAAAAUAGUCACCCAUCGUUGGAUUGUUCAAUACGCUCCAAAAAUUUCAACUCCAACUGCAAUCACUCGGGGUGUUGUGAAUCUGCGUUGUAGCGCGGACGGUUUGCACAAAGAUUUACGCACCGAUAUGGGCCCGGACCCGUCCGUUAUUGGGCCACAAACAAUCGUGAACAAAGUUGGAGAAAUGAUAGCCUAUGUCUGUGUUCUACCUUUGCCCUCCGAAACGUCGAAGAUCCAACUGCUUCAUUUGCAUCGGCUGAUUCAACACAAUUGGUUGCAUUAUGAUCUUAUUGUGGCCAUGGUGACCGUGAUGAUUCCAAGUGGUAAAUCGAAAAAGUGGGUUGCAAUCAACCCGGAAGAGUUGCUUGCAAAUCCACGCGCAUGGUUGAUGGGAGACGAAAAAUUCGAAGUAGGCUGUCGACUCAUGUAUGAAUCCGACAAGCUGGUGGUGGAAUUUACCACUGGUCCAAACUCGGAAUUCGAUAGUGGCGAGUACUACUGUACUGGUCGCACCCUGGAAGGAGUAUUCUUGCACAGUGAAGCGAUAAGAAGCCUGUUUCAAGGAGAAACGCGAGCUAUUGUGAUUAGUCAGAAAACAAUACCACGAUCACGUGUCUGGUCGAAAGCACUGAAAACUGUCUAUGUUGGUGAAUUGUUACUCACCAGAUGUGUGGCAUGGACUACGAACCCAUCGGAUCGAGCUGUGUCCACAUUUCAUCUCAUUCCUGCGCAUCGGUCAACUGGAUCCAAUCGGACUGAUGAUCUAUCCGCACCAUUGAGUAGUGUGAUCAUUCGGGUAACCGACCAGUACGAGAUGCUCACUUGGGAUCUUAGCUCUUUUCCUGUCGGCUGUUUGUUGACUGAAAGCGGUGCUAUUGAACAAGAUCUAAUCGAGCCACCGUCUGUGGAAUGCAGAUCACCGAGUGAGGUGUACCUGGAACCAAGUGGUCUGGACACCUAUACCCGUGAACAAAAGCUUCGAUGCGUGGCGAAAGACGGCUGUCAGAAUGGUGUGGUACGCUGGAAUUGGGUAGCCGGUCCCAUUCCUCAACUCACAAUACUCUCAGAUAAUUGGAAUCCACAAGAUAUAACAAAUGAUGAACAGCUUGAUUUGCAAAAGUUACCACGAGACGGUACCUACAUCUUUCGUUGCACAAUAGUGUGCCCCUGUCAACCAAAACCAUUGAGUCGAAGCAUCAUGGUGACAUUUUACUUGCAACCAGACGAAGAGGAUGAAAAACGAAAAAAGUCAGACGAACCGGAAGACUCUUUGGUUGAUUACGAUGAAGAUGUUGUGGUGGAUGAUAAACAAGAUAUCCGUUUGGACGAUGAGAAUAGAUGGCCAAAUAUCAGCGAAGAUUUGAGAAAAGGAACCGAUGUGGGACUAAGGCCAGAGAAACGUGAUAAGCUAACUCUAUCCCUUGAACAACAACUCCAAGUGGAUGAUAUCUUGAGUGAAGAGACAUGGGAUAAUUUUGACUUGAAAUUGUGGCAUGACCAAUGGUUGCGUCGCGUGCAGAAGCGGCGGAAGGUUGAUGUUAGCACUGAACCAGAAAGAUUGUUUUCUGUUGAUAUCGUACGUAAAAAUCGCAAAGAUCAGUCAAUACGAGUGACAGUUCCUCACAAAUUCCACAGCGGAGCAUAUUUGUAUGGAGAACAUCGAAGGGAACGGGAAAAGUCUGACGAUCGAAAUACUGUGCAUCUGAAUUAUACAGAGACGAAGCGUGUGGUGAGUCAGUUGGUGGAGAGUUAUAGGGAAAGCAGUAAGUAUACAGUUAGAGUUCGUGAACCAAACCUCCGAACGAUCAAACCUCAGUCAAGCAGAGCGUGGCAACCCGAAUCAAGAGACCUUCGUGCAAAAAGUAGGAUAGCCGAGUGGUUGAGCGCUCGCGAAAUUCCACUCCGAUAUGAAAAAUCGAUCGAUACACACGCAUCAACGAACGAUGAUCAAGCUCGUAUCAAAAUGGAACGGGAUAAUAAAAGAAAGCUGAAAAAGUGGAUCGUUUCUGAAGCUGCAACGGCCGAGUGGAAAAAGGUGAUUAAUUCGAAAUCGAUGUCAGAAUACCGGUGGCCUAAGCAAAUCAUUACAGCAUGGAGUGAAGUUGAUGGGGAUAGAAACAAGCUCAAGAGAUUGUGGAGGCAACAAUCUGGUUCACAUGCUGACGAAUCAUAUCGCGAAGAAGCGCAGGGGGAAAUUGUUCGUUUACAAGAUUUACUACUCGGUUCACAAAUUGCACCGGUCAAAGUAACUGAAAAUAGGCCCGAGCUGAGUAAGUCCACUUCGAUCACUCCGGAAGUGUUGCGAUUCAGUCCACGCGAUACAAGUGAUAAACUAGAAGCGGAAGAAGAGAGCAUGAUCAUCCCACAACGCAAAGACCUACUGGUCUACGAACGGGAUAGAAUAAAACGACUUAUGAGCUGGUGGUUUCGUCUUGUGCCUCGCGAUAUUGUUGCCAAUCGGUUCACGUUCCAAGACCAUAUCAACUCAUUGGAACAGGCUUGGAGGCUGGAACUGAAUGAAAUAUCCCCGAAAGUGCACAGACAUACGUGGAUGCGAUUCGUUUACCAACUGCGUGAUAGCUGGCUCACACAAGCCAAAUCAGCACAAACUCGUAAGCACGAUGAAAUGCAUUCACUAGACUCGGUCAGUUUUUCGCACAUCAUUGUGUUCACUCCCAAUGUGAUCACGGCUCGUUGUCCACUGAUGGAAUCCACUGUCCGAUUUGAUCAUCAGCCUAUUCGACUUAUUUGGUUCCGAGCUAAAACACUGAGUGAGUAUCACACAAAUCGUGCCGAGCCGAUUCUUAGUUUCACUUUUGCCGAACGUCUAUUCGAAAGCCAUUCAACCAACUAUAAAACACGUGUAUUCACAUAUCCGCCGUUGCGAUGGUCAACUAUGCAUACUCUCGAUAUCAAACCAGUCACGACAAAUGAUUACGGGUAUUACAUUUGUACAACAUCUGUGACCACUGGUGCGUACCAAACACGGCAGUACAAUUUGAGCAAAAUUUCAGUGCAUCCGUUGUGUAUUGUCCCGGAAAUGGCUCGACCGGAAGUGCGUUUGGCACAUGAUCUAGAUGAGUUGAAGACUAUUAUUGAUCAGUUGGAUACUGAAAAAGAAAUUGAGGAAGAAGAGGAAGAGGAGUUGGACUUUGAGGGCGAACCAAAUGCGGUUCCCGAUCAUGUGAAAUCAUAUGUACCACCUUGUUUUCAGCCUGGUGAUCACAUUUUUAUUCUGUGUGAGGUUAAAGCAUAUCAAAUAUUCUGUGACGAAUCAGACGCAAUCGCUCGUGGUUACCGAAUGAUUCGGACGGAACUGAUUGGUCACUUGAACUACGCCCAAACCGGACAAUUGGCACGUUUAAGCGAAUUGGAUUUAUUCGAAAAAACGAAGAAAACCCCGGUCCGUUUUGACCGAAACGGGACACAAAAACUGACCCGAGCUUGGAAUCUGACUCUCGCACCGGAACACGAUGGAGCUAUAAUGCAGUGUUUUCCGAGAACGAAUCUUACCCAGUCUUCCACGUCCACCUUAUCUCAUUGGGCCUGGAUCGCGGACGCGUAUGAGAAACUUAACGCGCAAGGUGUGUUUUCUAGACGAAGCACAGUACGUCUGUGUGUGCAUCCAACAUCACCGGAUUUAUUCUUUCAUCUUGAUCCAACUCAACAGAAUCCAAUUAGAACAAACCAGACAAAACCGCUUAUAAGGCAGCCGAAUCAGGUACUGUAUUGCCAACUGCGUUACACUGAACCAUUGAAGCCGAAAAUUACCGUCUGGCCUAUCCGUUCUGAUAAAUUGAAUCAGGUCAGUUUGGGAUGGUUGAGGCGACGCAAACUAUGGCUCGAUCAGUCACGAAUGCCAAUCACAUGGCGUGUGGAUAGUCGAGUUAGAACAACUCGUGUCAUCAUACCGGAGGAGGUGAAACAAAAUGAAUUGUACCUGAUCCACUGCUCAGUUGCACAGAACAUUGGGCAAUUGGUAAGUGACUGUCACUGCUUUCAUUUUUUCACACCUAUGCAUUCAACGCGGUUGUUUCGUCAACUUUGA